AUGAGCCUCGGUCUGAGCUCUUCUGAUCAACAUGGGAAUCGUGUACAGCGCGGGAGAAGUCGAUCAUCUGUACACGUUCUUCGUCCAGUGGUCUCCAGAGACCAUCUACAGCAAACACAGCAGCAGACGAGACUUCCUCACUGGGAUUGAGUCUUUGUUCAGUAAUUCUGCCUCCAAACAAUGGGAGAUCGUCACUGUGAAACAGGAGAACAAGUGGCGUCCGAGCGUCUGCAGCUCCGCAGACUCUGAAUCUGACGACCAGCUGCCAGUCUUAACACACCACAGUCAGAUUCUGAAAGAGCAUCAUCUUGAACAACUGAUGAAUCACAUCCCGGCACGGACUCAGGGUUACUCUUGGAAGCUGGUGUACAGCACGGUGGAGCACGGCACGAGCCUGACCACACUGUACCGACAGAUGAGAGAGUUAGACAGACCCGUCCUGAUGGUCAUCAGAGACACGGACAAGCAGGUGUUUGGAGCGUUUUCUUCGGAUCCGUUCAGAGUCAGCAGCUUCUGCUACGGGACGGGAGAGACCUUCCUCUACAGCUUCAGUCCUGACUUUCAGAUCUUCCGCUGGAGUGGAGAAAACUCCUACUUUGUGAGAGGAUUCCUGGACUCUCUGCAGAUGGGAGGAGGAGGGGGUCCGUUCGGCUUGUGGCUGGACUCGGAUCUGUAUCGCGGCUCCAGUUACUCCUGCAACACCUUCUGCAACCGUCCUCUCAGCCUCCAUCACGACUUCAUCGUUCAGGAUCUGGAGGUGUGGAGCUUCGUCUGAGCUCAAACCGGUUCUCUGCCGUCGGUUCCAGC